ACACGAGAGCCUAUGAAUGAGAUCACGAAAGAGACACCUGGUUCUCCAAUAGCUCAACAGAAUAUUGAGACUCCAGUCCUUACUCCAAUUCAGACGCAGCAGGAGACUCACGAACUUAUGAAUGAGAUCAUUUCACCAAACAUUUCCGACACACAGCCAAAUACCCGAGCUCGCAGAAAUCUUUUAACAGAGCAAAAUAAGGAUGUAGAAAGCAGAGUUCAAAAUCCCUUUGAGAUCGGAGCAAAUGUGGAGAUUUCAUCACAAGAUGACAAUACUUGUCAUAAAUGGUAUCCAGGAAAUGUGUUGGCAACAUAUUUGGUUGAUGGGGUUGAGAUGGUGAAAGUUGAGUACUUCGUCCCGUCUCUGGACGAAAAGAAGAGGAAAAGGAGUGUUGAGACACGUGUAUCAAUUGACAGAAUACGUCCUCAACCACCACCUGAGAGAUCUGGAGCGAAGAAAAGUUAUGAGCUAACGCAGGACGUGGAGGCGUUCGACAAUGGUGCCUGGUGCGCUGGAAAAGUUAAAGUCAUUUUGUUUGAUGGCUCGUGUUUUGUCUCUUUGAACAAUUCUAAAGAACAAAUUUACUUCCACCAUUCUGAGAUGCGAAAACCAAGAAAAUGGGUAGAUGGUGUUUGGGAGAUGACAAAAAAGAUGGAAGAAGAGCAGACGCAGAGUGUGAAUCCAAGUGAAGGAGAUGGUGAUAAAAAGGGGAAGGCGAAGGCUGUCGCUUGUAAGAAAAAUGAAGCAGCUGGUCCAUCAGAAGAUGGUGUUGGGAAAAUGGCAAAAGAGAUGGAAGUAAAGCAGGGUAAGAGUGUGAAACCAAGUCAAGACGAUCAUGCAAAAAAGGGGAAGCCUGAUGUUGGUAAGAAGAAGAAAGCAAAUGCUCAGCCAGUAGAUAUGCUUCCUUUUCUACAGCGAGAAGAGAAGAGGCCAAUACGACCUAGAAACCCUCCUAUACCUGUAACACCUGAGGUAAUCCUUCCAAUUGAUCCAUUUGUGACACCUGAAUUUCCUCGGUUUUCAAGGCUUGCACACUGGAUGGAUCUACGGGGCAUAUAUCGUGUGUAAGCAACUUUUUGUCCUCGCAUAAAUAUUCCUAAUUUAUUUUGUAAAAGUUUCGAUUGAUACUAGUUAAUUUUAUCAACUACAUACCGUUUUAUAUCAAUGGAAAAGAAAUUGAAAAAGAGUUCUUUCAAAAAAUGGACGAUGCAGAAAACAAUCUCAACAAAGAGGUAAUCAACACUCUGUUCUGUCUUCUAUUUGAUUGUGUCAUAUGUUUAGGAAGAGGUUGAGUUGAGCUAUGCUAGAUGUCCAUGUUAUAGCAGUUCUAUAUGAAGUUUCUAACUAUAUUGUUACAUUGGCAGCACAUAAAUGUUGCAUUUGAAAUGCUAAAUUGUAAGAGGGUUGAGCAAGGUGCUUGGUUCCGCAACAACAAUCUUCCAGCAGCAUGCUUUGUACCAGUCAAAUUCUUAGAAGUGGUUGGGUACACUUAUGAAUCUGUCAGGAAGCCACAUAAGAAAAAACAAACGUUAUUGGAGGGCUGUGUAGGCGAACUUGUGAAAGGUUUAAUACAUCCAAAGAAGGUAUGGCUGGAAGAUGUUGAUGUUAUAUAUGGUGUCAUUGAAGAUAAGUUGAGCUAUCACUAUAUUGGGGUGGAGAUACAAUUGAUGGACAACACAAUCACACUCUUCCAUUGUGGUCUUCCAAAAGCAAAUAUCAAACAUGCUCUUAAUCAAAUCCAAGAACUGGCAGGUAAAAACUCUUUACAUAUUCAUUUUGUUGUCUGUUGCUGCUUGUGCUUGUGAUGCAUUUUUACAUAUUCAUUUUGUCUGUUGGUGAUUGAUUUAUUGUAUAAUUUUGGGUAUUUAUGACAGUGUUGAUUAGUGCCAUAAAGAUGGAACUUCUUGGUGAAGAGGUUAAUUUCGAAGAUAUCAGUCCAUUUGAAGUUAAGUUUGCAGAAGGGCUUCCAAAGACAAAAUUUCCAUACAACUGUGAUAUUUUUGUUGUGAAGAUGCUGGAAUGCAGGUCACUGGGAUUGAAGAGCAUGGCUAAUAUAAAUGAUGAAACUGCGAUGGACUUACGAAGCAAGCUAUGUUGUGAGAUCUUCGACCAGUUUAUGGAUAAAGAUUUCCAGGAAGGUCAAAGGAAGUGAAAAUGUCAUAUUUGUUCUACUCUGUUUUCUACUCUGUUUUCUACUUUGAUAUUAAUUAUCCCUAACGUUUAAGUUUAAGUUUGUAAUGAAUUAUCCCUAACGUUUUUUUCAUUUAGAUUGUUAUUGUAAAAUUUUUAGGAUGUAUUGAUGAAUUGUCAAAUGCUUAUGGUACUUUUAGGAUGGGUUUCCAGAAAAAGAGUGAGAAAGCAAAAUGCACCAAAGCCUAGCAAAUUCCUUUAAAGUUUACAAAAAAAAUGAAAAAGAAUGUGAUCCGAUGUUGAUUGAACUCGUGAACUCUCGAAAGAUGAAUCAAAGUGUGCAGCCGCUGUGCCAAGGGUGUUAUACUUGCCAAAAGCUAUAAUAAAACGAAAAUAACUUUUGAAUAUUUAAUUAAAAACAGAAAAAAGUGUAAGUAUACACAAACGGGGAUCGAACACGGCUUAUUGUGUGAUAAGGGUACACUAAGAGUAGAACGGAUUGCCACUAGGCUACGGUGGAUAUUCGAUAACAGAGUAAAUGUGAACUUAUUUAUUCACAGACGAUAGAUUUAUAUAAUCUGGAUAUCAUUUUAGGUAUUCAGGAUAGCUUUCCAAAAACAAAUUCCUUUAAAGUUUACAAAAAAAAAAAUGAAAAAGAAUGUGAUCUGAUGUUGAUUGAACUCGUGAACUCUCGAAAGAAGAAUCAAAGUGUGCAGCCGUUGUACCAAGGGUGUUAUACUUGCCAAAAGCUAUAAUAAAACGAAAAUAACUUUUGAAUAUUUAAUUAAAAACAGAAAAAAAUGUGAGUAUACACAACGGG